CGGCAGAGCCCGUCAGGUAAGCACUAGGUCCUAAAUCCAAACUCCAGUAAUGCAAAAAUAAACUGAAUUUAAAAAACCCUGGAAGCUACUGUUCCGAGCCCCAAAGGAACGAACUUCCUGGCCUCAGUUUCCCGCCUACAAAACUUCGAGAGGAAGUGAAAGCCGCACAGCCUGGCCCGGGGCAGAGGGCACUCCCACCGUACCCCGGGGCCUCCGGGCUCCAAGGGCCGCAGCCUCACCCCCGCCGCACCAAACUGGAGGCUCCCCAGGACUACAUAAAGGGGACCUCUGUCCUGAGGGGCCCCGCAAGGCUUUCGGAUCCCCAAAGCGGGGCAGCUCACUGCUCGCUGGCUUUCAGUUCCGGGACAAGCAGCGCCCACAGCAGAACCUGAGUCACUAACCGCCCCAGGAGACCGGAAGCCGACGCUCCCGUGUUAGUGUUGGGCGAGGAAGGCUUCCGGUGAGCGGUUGGGGACUACGAUUCCCGGCGUGCUCAGCGGCCACCACAUUAACCCUCUAGUGCCAGGAGCGGUGCUGCAUCCCGCCCCGCCCCCGCCCCACACUCGGGACUCCGCAGGAGAUGGGUGCCCCCAUCGGCGGCACACUGUCCUUUGGCCACCGGACAUCAUGCCUCCUAAGAAAGAUGUUCCCGUGAAGAAACCAGCAGGGCCUUCCAUCUCCAAGCCUGCUGCCAAGCCUGCAGCAGGAACCCCUCCAGCAAAGACCAAGGCUGAGCCAGCUGUCUCCCAGAUGCCUGUGAAAACCCAGGAGCCCCCUGUUGAUCUCUCCAAAGUGGUGAUCGAGUUUAACAAGGACCAGCUGGAGGAGUUCAAGGAGGCCUUUGAGCUGUUUGACCGAGUAGGUGAUGGCAAGAUCCUGUACAGCCAGUGUGGGGAUGUGAUGAGGGCCCUGGGCCAGAACCCCACCAACGCCGAGGUGCUCAAGGUCCUGGGGAACCCCAAGAGUGAUGAGCUGAAGUCUCGGCGUGUGGACUUUGAGACUUUCCUGCCCAUGCUCCAGGCAGUAGCCAAAAACCGGGAUCAAGGGACAUAUGAAGACUACUUGGAGGGGCUUCGGGUGUUUGACAAGGAAGGGAAUGGCAAAGUGAUGGGUGCAGAGCUCAGACAUGUCCUCACCACCCUGGGUGAGACAGCAACCAGAGUUCCUGUGUUCCUGUGGGGUGAAGAGGAAGGGGUGGACCAGGAAGGUUGGCAAGUUAAGCAGAGUCAGGGAGGGGAUUACUGUCCUGUAGGUCAUGGGCAAAAGCCUGAAGGUCAAAACCAUGGUGACAGAUCUGAGGGCCUUGCAUCCUGAGAGGUUUAAGUGCCCAUAUUAGGACAAAGGACAUGGAACACAGUGGCGGACCCAAGCUACCACUUUGGAAGCCUUAA